UCUUGAGUUUUAAUCAAACAAAACCAAACAUCCUUUAAAAAACACACAGAAUUUUCAACAAAACUCAGUUUCAAUUCAACCCUAGUUUGUUUCAUGAUCUAGUCGCUAUUAGAAAAGCUCCGAUUUUAUCUCCGAUCAGGUCAUCUCGCCACGCUCCGUCACCGCCGUGCGUAAACUCUCGGCCGAUUUCACGGUUAACUCGCCGCGUUUUCGAUAAAAACUUUAUUUUUGCGUUCAUCAACCAAGCAAGAUGUUUCCCUUCGCCCGUGCACCGACAGUCGUGUUGUGGGACACUUUUGAUUUCCCCAUCAUCCCUAAAGAUGAUUUCACUGCAGUUUUUCUGAUCACUAAAUCGGCUCUUGAAGAAAAGGGUAUUACUAGUCGUAUUUAUGGUGGCGUCAAUUUCAGGGCUAUUGUUGGUGACACGACCGAGUAUCAUGGAUUUCCUAUCUUUUGGAUAGACAAAGCUAAGGACAAAGAUGAUAGACUUUGGAGCAUCAUUACAUUCUUACUUGCUCAGGCGAAUUAUUAUUUAAAGGGAGAAACAUUCUUGAAUUUGUUGCUAGUCGUGGGAGACGUAUCUGAACACGAGGGGUUUCAGAGGACUAUUCGCUUAUUAAAUUCCAGAAGCAAAUUCAAUGUUCUUCUAGCACAGCCUCCUCCUCAAAAUGCAAGCUCAUCAUCAGGAGAGGAGGAGCUUUUUGACAAAGACUGGCUCUGCUCCCGCCUUGCAGCUGGAGAACAACUUAUCAACAAGUUGGGCAUAGGGAAAACCUUUGAACCACCUUUGAAACUUAUUCCUUCUCAUCAGGUUGCUCUUACUUCUCAUCAGGUUGCUCUUCCUUCUCACCAGGUUGCUACUAAGUUGUCAUUUGCAAAGCCAUUAUGCCUUAGUAAACAUAUGGCCGAGAGAGCAAGAACAUGCGUCUUCUGGGACACUGUGGCUUACCCACUCCCUGCUGGUCUCCAUUCUAAUGAUGUUUUGCAAAACAUUGAAGAUGCUCUUUCUGAAAGGGGUUAUUCUGGCCGUGUCUCAGUCACGGCUUUUCUCAAUGAUCACCCCUCCCCCCCAGGCUUUACUGGAUGUUACGUCUCUUACCUAAAUGAUGGAGAGAGAGAUGCGCGCCAUUGGCAGAUUGCACUGCACUUGCUUGCUGCUGCUCGUCGCACUAGGAUUGAGCCAUUAAAUCAUAUGCUACUCAUGGGAGACAUCUCAGGACACAUUGAGCUCUUAAGGACUAUCUACUUGUUGAAUUUGAGAUUUUCCUACAAUGUUAUCUUAACACAGCCUCCUCCUGAAAACUCAUCAUCAGGAGAGCCACUUGGUAAGGACUGGCUCUGCUCAAGCCUCUCAGCUGGAGACAAACUUCUCAGCCAAAUCGAACAAAAAUUAAUCAUGAGCACAGUUGUACAACCUUUGACUCCUUGGCAGGAGCGAUACAAAGCUGCAACCACGGUCGUGUUCUGGGACCUUGUGGAUUGCCCAGUACCUGUUGGUCGCACUGCUGUUGUGGCUUCACAGAUCAUUAGAUCGGCCUUUGAAAAAAUGAGUUAUUGUGGCACUGUUACCAUCCAUGCUUUUGGCGAAGUGAGUAAUCUGGAUCCGCUUGUUUCAGAACUAAGAGAUGUGGAGUAUCAUAAUGAAAACACACCCACACCCUCAGGUGUAUUCCUUGAAGAUAUGAAUCCAUCCAGAAUCAGGUUUCAUCACACACCCACACCCACACCCACACCCACACCCACACCCACAGGUGUAUUCUUUGAAGAUAUGAAUCCAUCCGGAAUCGUGUUUCAUCACACACCCACAGCACAUAAAGACGCUAGACGUGAGAUGAUGCGUGAUGAAUUACGCGACUGGGCACUUGGUAAUGAUGCUCCAACAAAUGUGAUGGCUAUCUUACGAGACACCUCUGAAGACAAGAUCUUUACCGGUUAUCUUGACGUAUUGAGAUCGAUAAAUUAUAAUGUUGUCAUAGCACAGCCUCAGAACGUGUUAGGCCAGCUUUUCGAUUUGGAAUGGCUUUGCUCAAGACUUGGAGACAGAUUUCUCCCUCGAACGAGAAAUCCAGCCUCCUACGAUAAAUCCCGAUUUCGUUAGAUUUUCCAUGCAGAAUGUCUCUCAAGACUUGAAGAAGUUCAACCUACUACUUACCCUCCAAAUUAAUCUUUUUGUUUGUUCGGCUUGUUUUCUAAAGUGUUUUAUUUGGUUAGCAAAUAAAAAACUCGUUGUGUAGUACUUGUCUCGGGCUCUGUUUGUUCGAAACCUUUCAUUAUUUUGGUGAAUUAAUUUGUGGAGGUUAAGAGUAACGCUAGUUGACAUAGACUACAUGACACGUAUAGGAAUCGCUUAGAGCAUCCACAAUGGGAUCUCUUAAGGGAAUCCUUAGAGGGUGUGGAGCCCACUUUCUUAGAGUUUGUGCAAAAAAAAAUUCUUAAAAUCCUUUAAUAAGGAUUGAUCCUUACACUGUUCACGGGUCCCAUUGACUACGUGGCGGUCCGUGAAUGGUCAUUUUUAAAAAAAAAAAAAAAAAAUCCAAAAUAUCCAAGAUUAAUCUGAAAUGCCCUUGUGCUAAGGACUCCAAUGAGUCUCACCAUUGCGGAUGGUCUUAGAGCACGUUUAUCGGCAUGUCUUAGCCGUGCCCCUUACCAUUAAAAAAAAUAAUAAUAACAAAGAUGGAAUUAAAGUGAAGGCAUGUCCCCUAAUUAGGCCCACGAAGUCACGUCUCUUGGGGAGACGUGCUGCAACGCUAUUGGAGAGAGGAACGGUGGAGUCGAGAUUCUUUCUUUCCUUUCUCUUCUCGGUUUCUCUCCUCCUCGACGACAACGGCGAUUUCGAAAGUCGUCUCGUUGGAUCUCGUGGACGUCUCUGUUGGCUUCUAUCGUUGACGGUCGAUCUCGUCGACGUCUCUAUCGGUUUUUCUCUCCCUCUCGGUGGUUCUCUUCGAAAGAAACGACGAAUUCUCUCCCUCUCCGUCGAUCUCGUCGAAGUAACCGGGGAUUUGUCUCCCUCUUGGUGGAUGUCGUCGAAGGAAACGGCGAUUGCUCUCCCUAUCGGUGGCUCUCGUCGAGGAUGGAAGACGGUGACCUGUCAAUCGGUGGCUGUCUUCGAGGAAGCAAAAUGGCUCUGUCUCGCUCGUGGUGGCUCUCUAAGACGAAGACAAACAGCGAUUGAUUCUGAAGGGAAUCCAAAGAUGGAUGGAUCAAGAGGCAUGAUCCUGGCAUGAUCCAUGAUUGAUCAAGAGGCGUGAAGUGGGCACAAAACCUGUCUCUUUGUCAGACAAAACCAUCACGAUUGCAAAGGUUAUUGUUCUUCUGAUGCAGAGUGGAGUGCUCCUGUGAUGCAGAGUGGAGAGUUCUUGUCGUGUCGUCGAGUCUCUUGUACUCUUCUGUCACGAGAGUGGAAGAGUGUGACGAGUCUAUCUUGUUUUGUUUGUCACGAGUUUGUCCUAGUCUUGUAGUGUUGUGUCACAUGUCUUGGAAUGUUGUAAGUCUUGUAGUGUUCUGUCACAUGUUUUGUAGUGUAGUGUCCUGAGUCGAGUCUUGUUCUCUAUAUAACAUUAGCUUAUGCAUACGUUUUCUUUCACAAACUGAUCUCUCCUUCUCAUUUUUACAAAGAUCAUCUCUCGUUCUUAACAAACAAAUCAAUUCAUCUCCUUUCAUUUGAUCAUCUCCUUCUUAACAAACAAAACAAAACAAAGAUCAUCUCUUCUUUACAAACAAAGACCAAAUGCAAUAACGGCUGGUUCUCUCCACGUAUUCUCACGGACCAAGUUCGAACAAGCCAAACCAAACCAGGACCAUCACUUUACUUGAUUCUGAAACAUUUCAUGGCGUCUUCUUCUCAUAACGAUUAGUUGGAUAAAACAUUUGAUCAAUAUUUUGAUCAAACAUUCGAGAAUCUGGUCAAUGCUCACGGUGAUCAAGAAACCGAAAGAAAGACAAGGAAAAAAUAGUUUUUAUCGAACGAAAUCGCGAAGAAGGUCAUCCCCAGUUAUGGAAUGAUUAUUUCAGUGACACUUCAACAUGUCCAGAUAAUCUAUUCCGACGACGAUUUAGAAUGAACAAGCCAUUGUUCAUGCGUAUUACCGCCUCUCCAAUGAAGUUCCAUUCUUCCGUCAAACGCAAGACGUUACCGGAAGGCUUGGUCUCUCUACACUUCAAAAGUGUACGGCAGCAAUUCGUGUCUUGGCAUAUGGUUCUGCGCUUGAUGCGGUCGAUGAAUACCUCAGGCUCGGUGAAACCACAGCUCGGUUAUGUGUGGAAAAUUUUGUGGAAGCAGUAAUAGAUUUGUUCGGUGAUGAGUACCUAAGGAGACCAACGUCGGAUGAUCUUCAACGUCUACUUUAUAUUGGAGAGCUUCUUGGGUUUCCCGGGAUGAUAGGAAGCAUCGAUUGUAUGCAUUGGGAGUGGAAGAAUUGUCCCACCGUUUGAAAAGGGCAAUAUUCUCGUGGUUCGGGAAAACCCACAAUCGUUUUAGAGGCAGUUGCUUCAUAUGAUCUCUGGAUAUGACAGGUGUUUUUUGGACCUCCAUGUACCUUAAAUGAUAUCAAUAUUCUUGAUCGCUCAUAUAUUUUUGAUGACAUAAUAAAAGGUCAAGUUCCGAAAGUGCAUUUUCGUAUAUUUUAAAAAUCUCAAGUUUUUACAUUUACCUUAUGUUUAGUGUCUGUUUUGAACAAGAUCACAUGUGUUUUCCAUGAUGUUAGAAGUCUUGCUAUUCUCUUCAAUCCUUUAUUUUUUAGUCAUUCCUUGUA